AUGACAAUCCCCGCACAAUAUGAUAACCCGGCGUUCUUCGCCAAAUACUCCCAAUUGCCCCGAAACUCAGGCGGCCUGACAAAUAGUUUGGAAUGGCCCAUCAUAAGCCGCAACAUAGGCCAAGUGACCAACCAAACUGUGCUUGAUCUGGGCUGUGGCUAUGGUCAGUUCUGCGGCUGGGCCUCAGAAAACGGGGCUGCCUCUGUGCACGGUAUCGAUGCUUCUGCGAACAUGCUAGAAAAGGCGCGGGAGUUCAACAAUGCCGACAAUAUCACCUAUGAGCAGGGGGAUCUCGACUUGUCCCUGAAGCACCCCUUGAAACUCCGAGAAAAUGCAUAUGAUGUUGUGCAUAGCUCCCUGGCAUUCCAUUAUCCGAAGAACCUUGCAGCCACCUUCGCGGCUAUCUACAAAGCUCUGAAGCCGGGAGGCCGAUUUGUCUUCUCAGUGCAGCAUCCUACCUUCUCGGCACCGCGGACUCCAAACUGGGGUUCGCGAAAGGAUGGUGGAACGCCUUUUUGGGAGCUUGAAAGUUACGGGUCUGAAGGGCCUCGAACGGUUGAUUUUCUGGGCCACCCGCUCCACGUGUAUCACCGUACAAUGGAGACCUACGUCUCUUUACUAUUAGAGAAUGGGUUUACCUUGGUGGACUUCAAGGAGUGCAUACCUCCUGCUGGGGCAUUGCCAGAGGCGCAUCCGGAUUACGGAAAGGAGGGUCAUCGUCCUUUGUACUUGAUUCUUGCUGCUGAGAAGGGUUGA